CAGACCUUUAUCUUUCCUGAUCUAGCUAGUUCAACCGACGAUCUUUUCAAUCAAGCCAGCUUUCAACUUGUACCCCGACCAGAGGAGGUCUGACAGUGCAGUGUCCUGUACAGUAUGGACAGUGUGAAUGAUGUGAUGAUUGAUGAGGAUGGUGUCUUCAAGUACAUCCUCAUUGAGCUCUGCGAGAAGAAGAGAGGCGGAAGUGGAAGUGGAGAGCAGCGUAAAAAGCUGAUAAUCAGAGGGUUUGAGUGGGCGGAGUUCCAUGCGGAUAUUUUGGAUCGAGUGUCUCCCAAGUUCGAUCAGCUUGGACUAACGUACGAGUGUCUAGGAGGAGGAAGAAUACGCCAUGACAAACAGCAGCAAUCAAUCCACAUAUACGGCUACUCAGUGGGGUUUGGACAAGCGGAUCAUGGAAAAGCACAAGAACUAGUAUGUCUCAAGUAUGACUAUCCUGAGGCUAAUAUAACUUGGAGCAACUCUGGUUAUUAGUCUCAUCAUUUUAUAUGUCCCCCCCCCUUCUCUGCCCUUGUAAACCCUAAUACAUGUUACAUGAUGCUGAAACUGAAACUGAAA